AUGGCUGAUCCACUAUCCAUCGGGGCCAGCGUCCUGGCAUUUAUUGGGCUCGCCGACCGCAUCAUCCGUACGUGCAGAUACUGCAUUGAAGCCGUUGAAGAUGCGCCGAAAGACAUUCAAAUGGUCCUAGGCGAGGCUACUUCACUAAGAGCUAUUAUUGAUAGCAUUGGCGAAUCAAGUGCCACGAGCCUUGUGCCCAAUCUUCACGAACAAAAUGGACCUAUCAAGUCUUGCCACAGCUGUCUUGCCUCUCUUGAGGCUCUUCUGCCAGACACCAUUGGCCAAUACAAGACAGGCAAGAGGCGUAAACUAACACUGGUUGAUCUCGCAUGGCCUUUGAAGCAAUCCAAAGUUAGGAAGCUGUUGGCAGAGAUAUCUCACCACAAGGCUACCUUAUUGCUGGCUAUGUCCGGUGAUAUGAGUCGAGACCUGAAGGAAAUCAAAACAGGGAUCGAAAGACUACAAGGGACAAUCUCAGAGUCCGAAGCCCGGGAGACCAUCCGAUGGCUUGAACGAAUAAAUCCAUCGUCUCUCCACAACAUAGCGUUUAGCAAACAUGAACCCCUGACAACAGCCUGGGUCAAGAAUUCUUCCCAGUGGAAGGCUUGGGUGUCAUCAGCCUCUGAGACGAGACUCAUUUGGAUACAUGGGCUACCUGGUGCAGGCAAAACAGUUCUAGCAUCAUACGUCAUCGAAGAGCUCGAGAAACUGUGUGAGCCCGCCAAUGGUAGUGUUUGUAGCUACUACUACUGCCAUUACUCACAUAAUCAGGACGAAACGGUGCCAUUGAUGAGCUGGGUCAUUGCCCAUAUCUGUCGACAGAUCAAUUGGAUACCAACUGAGUUAAAACGACUUCAUGGCCAUGGCUGCGAGCCUACUAUCGUGGACCUAGGAGUUGUUCUAGAGGUAGUCCUACAGCGGCUAGACAGUCUUUAUAUCGUUAUAGAUGCUGUUGACGAGAGCACUCCUCGGGAAGAGCUUCUGUCGUUGAUUGAGACUUUGACAGUCGAUAAGCGGUUUGAAAAAAUCAGGAUAUUAGCAACAAGCCGGCAAUACUUUGACAUAGAAAGGUCUUUGGGUGAGAUAUCAGAAAGAAUAUCAAUGUCAAAUACAAUGGUAGACGCUGAUAUUAGACGGUUUGUACACGCUCGACUAAGGUCAAGUCACCGACUGAAGAGAUGGCACGAGCGAUUCGACGAAAUUGAGGAAGCUCUAGCUACCAUGGCUAAAGGAAUGUUUCGAUGGGCUGAAUGCCAAAUUCAAGCUAUAGAGCGACUUCGCGACCAAUCGAAACUACAGCAACUUCUUUCUAACUUGCCCAAAGAUCUGAGUGAGACUUACGUCAGAAUCUUCAGAGCAAUACCUCAAGAUGAAAGACCGCUCGUUCGUCGUGUCCUCACUUGGAUCAUCGGCCAUUCGCAGGCUGCUUGGCUCUACGACGUUGGCGUCAACGCGAACUUGCUUCUGUCGGCUGUUACCUAUGAGCAUUUCGGAUACGAAAUCGAAGGUCAAAACUCCAUCAUAGACUUUGAAUACCUGCAAGAGAUAUGCAGCUGCCUCAUAACAGUUCGAUACGUUCCCGGGGAUAUUUUCGAUAGCCAACAUGAAGAUUCUACUGGAUUACAGGCUAGAGAAGCAACUGGUGGACAAGAUCUCUAUGUAUCUCUCGCUCACUACACAGUUCUGGAGUUCUUAGUAUCGCCGCAUGUUUUUCAACCCAACUUUGCAUUCUUCGCCAUGUCUCCCGAGCUGAUUCGACUGAAAUUCGCAAAGAGCGUCCUGAAACAAGCCCUAGCGGCUGAUCCAGAAGGGACAAAUACUGAUUGGAUCCACGACCGCGAGGCCUAUUGCCUCACACUCGGCUGCGCUUUGUAUAUACAUGAUAUCCUAGCAGAUUCUGAUCUCCAAGACCUCUUCUUACGGUAUAUCAAUCCUUGUUCUCCGCACUAUUCGCGCUUCGAAGCCAUUCAGUCGAAGAUUGUGCAGAGCGAUGAAAACUCUAGCUGCUACUUCCUCCGACACAUCCCAGCUCGAUUCCACUGCUCAGCAACAAAAGACACAUGUUUUGGGUCAGCUGCAGCAUUGAUGAAUCUUCUUUUGCUCCGGCAUCAGUCUAUUCAAAAGGGGCUUAUGCCGAUGAUUAGAAGGUUGCUCGAAGGGAGACCUGUACAAGAGCUUCUGAAUGUUAGAGUGACAGCCACGUUUCUUGAUGAAGCUGAUAAGGAUUUGGAUGAGAAUGGGAGUCGUUUAUGUCAAAACACAUUGAACGGAAUGGUCUGGGAGAUAGUGCAGUGGCGGCAAACCUUUCUAGAUGAUGAGGAGCUUGCUGAAUCUUUUGAUAUGCUAUGGCGCCAUUUGGGGUAG